UUCCAUUAGCAGGAAUAACUAAGCUACUAACUUGUACCAAAGUUGCUCAUCGCAUUGGAUCGGCUAUCGAGUUUGCCAGAUCGUUCCACAAACGCGCCGGCCAAGCGAGUCGUUCAGAGCAGCAAGUUCAACCAGUCGGAACAGAAGCGUGUUCCCGGUAAGGUUUCUGUCUUGCAUCGGAUUUUAUCUUCCGCGCCCCCCGGAUAAGAAGCGAAACCCAAGGCGAGCCAAGAAUUCUUUUCCUUUCUGUGUGUUUCAAAAUGUAGUGCCAUGAAGUACCAGCAGUGCGUAAUUGAUCUUGCGAUCGUACUGGUUACUUUCCCAGCCUUAGUCGUCGUAGCGCUGCUGUUGGAGUACACGAUGAACCACACCGACUGGGCGGAUCGAUUCGAGUCCCAGGUCAUAGUGCUCGGUUUGGCCGUGGCGUUCUUCGUCAUCUGCAUCAUAGCCGCGCUCUAUCUGACGCACCGGAUCGGGGUCUGCCUCUGGACCGGGCCACUACCCGGAGAGCACCUGUCCGUCUACAGUGUGGAUCAUGACGUCGAGCGAGGUGCUGCCCCGCCCGAUUACGAUACCAUUCUGCUGGAUCCGCCCCCCUACGAUAAGCUGGAAAAGUAUCUGCUCAUUGAUGAACCGCCCCCCUCGUAUGCGGCCUCAGUGGCCUCGCUAGAGGGGGCCCACAUCUGAAUCGCGACCUUCGGCGACCGAACGGCGCCGAAAGCAAGAUCUUGUAACUUCUGCUUCUCAAUAAUAAACCCAAAGCUAACCGCCCGAGACGAUCACGUCUUGGAAAUACAGAAACAA